AUGGAUGAAGUCUAUUUGGAUGAAAAUAGAGAGCUAGCAACUGACUUUGAUAUCAUGAGCUGGAUUAUGUUCCCCAACAAUUCUUUCUUCAAACUGAAAUUAGGGGAUCUAGAAAGGCAAGGAUCCCCAGAUCUCAAGUUUACUCUUGAUCAGGAUGGUUUUGCAAAACUGAAAUGGCUCAACAAGGACCUCCCUCCUUCCAGGUGUGUAGAAAGUUGUCAACCUGGAUUAGUUAAGGCAACCCAGGAAGGAGAAUCCAUUUGCUGUUACCUCUGCCUUCCCUGUGCAAAAGGUACCAUCUCCACUCAGGAAGAUUCAGAACAAUGCACUCAAUGUCCUGAAGAUCAGCAUCCCAAUAAAUAUCGAGAUCAAUGUAUCCGUAAAAGGAUCAAUUUCCUCUCUUACAAAGACAAUUUGGGAAUCAUCCUGGCUUCCCUUGCCAUGUUUUUGGCCUUAACCACAGGUCUUGUAUUGGGAACCUUCAUUAAAUUUCUAGAAACUCCCCUUGUCAAAGCCAACAAUCGGAACCUCUCCUUCAUCCUUCUGGUCUCCCUCCUGUGUUCCUUCUUGAUUUCCUUCCUGUUCAUUGGCCAACCAACCAGAGCCACUUGCCUUCUCCAACAAACAGCUUUCAGCAUCAUCUUCUCAGUUGCCGUGUCUUCUCUCUUGGCCAAAACAAUCACAGUGGUAUUGGCCUUCCUGGCCACAAAGCCAGGAAACAGAGCAAGCAGAUGGCUGGGCAAGAAUUUGGCCAAUUCAAUCAUCCUUUGUUCUUUCACUCUUCAAGUUAUAAUUUGUUCCAUAUGGUUGGGAGUCUAUUCCCCAUUUACUAGUUCUGAUAAGCAUUCUCAACCUGGAGAAAUAGUUCUGCAAUGCAAUGCAGGCUCUGUUGCCAUGUUUUAUGUUGCCCUCGGGUACAUGGGCUUCCUGGCUGCUGUCUGCUUCACAGUGGCUUUCCUGGCCCGGAACCUCCCUGGUGCAUUCAAUGAAGCCAAGUUGAUCACCUUCAGCAUGCUGGUCUUCUGCACUGUUUGGGUGUCAUUUGUGCCCACCUACCUGAGCACGAAGGGGAAGUACAUGGUGGCUGUGCAGAUUUUCUCCAUCUUGGCCUCCAGCGCUGGCCUGUUGGGCUGCAUCUUCAUCCCUAAGUGCUACAUCAUUCUGCUAAGGCCACAUCUGAAUACAAAAGAACAUCUGAUGAUUAAAUAA